AUGGAGAUAAUAAACGAAUUAAAACAUGCAAAGAAUAGAUUGGAUAAGGCAGCGGAGGAGUUGAAGGCGUUUGAAGAAGGGGAAGACGGGAAAUGGCUGAAAGAGUUGAGGAGAAAGUCGAGAAGACACGAUCUUAGUGAAAAUGAGGAGCGGGAGAAGGCUAGGAUGGAGAAAAAGGAAGAGAGGUUGGAAAAUAGUAAGGUGAAGUGGGAAGAGCAAGAGCAGAAGUUGCAAGAUGCAUUGAUCGAAUUUGAUAAAGAAAAAGGUAAUGAACAAAUUGCUCCCAAACUGACUGCUGAGAAUGUCAAGAGUAUUUUGAACUCUUACAUUCAGCCUCCAGAUGAUCCUCUUCGCCAAUCUCUUGCAAACUUCCUUAAUAUCCCUGAUGAUGUAUCCGACAUUUCAUCUCACUUAAUGUUUGUGGACCGCUAUGAAGAGAUUAAGAAUUUGAUGCGAAACAUGAAAAAUUUGCAUAACCUAAUCAAUAACCUCGAUAAUAUCCCUGAACCCAAAAAACACGUAAUGUUUACCACUGCUGUUGGAACAGCUGGAAAGGGAAAAACAACAUUUGCUCGGCGGGCGUAUUACGAAAAGGACAUUUACUUGAAUGUGAUUGGAGAGGGUCUUUCUAAUGUGGUGCAAGAAUGCCUUUACGCUGGUCGGAAUUUCCGAAUCGAUUGUAGUAGUUUUGAAGGUGAAGAACUUAAAAUUGAUAUGGAAUCUGAAAAGCCUUUCGGGAAAAGGCUAUUAUAUGAAGCUCUUAAAUAUCAUCUCCGAGGAAAGACAAUUGAUGAAUUCUUCAAGAUUCUAGGAGAAUUUUCUAUUGAUCUUGUUGACAUUCUUAAAUUAAUUCUGGAAUAUCAUCCAUGCAAACAAGAUUGGAACCCUCUUUUCAUUAUCAAUAUUGAUGAAACUAACGUAUUAUUUGAACAUGGAAAAGCUUCCUGGCUUAAAAGACUUCUUUAUUCUAUCUCGAACGCUAUCUGUAAGGGAUAUUUCAUUUUCGUCAUCUUGACUGGGACCCAUGCGAGCAACCUAUUUGAACUGGUAAAGUCAUCUGGUGCCAAAAUCUAUGACAUAGCCUUGCCAUUGCUCAAGCCUGAGCAUGCUCAGGAGGUUAUACUUGAACUAGCUAAUCGGGGGCUGCGGGAAGAUUCAAAGGAAAGGGUUACGAAGCUCUCUCCAUAUCUUGAAGUUCACAUCAGACUUCUUGGUGUUGUUGGCCGCUUUCUCGAGUCUAUGAUGUUUGAGAUGGCUAUUCUUGGUUGGGCUGCUCAGAAUGAUCAAGACGUGUUCGGCGAAAAAUUUCACUACGAAGGAUUCCGUUACUUCUUGAGAAAUAUGCAAUACCAAUCGGAACAUUGCCGGACACUUCUUUUGCAAACACAAAAACAUAUUGACAAGAAAUACCACCGUUACUUCAAGCAAUUCGAGGAAGAUGAAAAUCGCGACCUUGUUCCUGAGCUGGUGGCAUAUACUUUGUUUGAAUGGCCUGUGGACCGUACAACCACACUGGGAAAGAGGAAACGAUCAGUUGAGGAAUUGGAGAAGAAGGACAUGCUGUUCUUAGAUGGAGACAGCAAAAUAAAACUGCCAUUUAUCACACUCGCUCAUCUCUAUGGUCUUCUGAACCCUAAUCACAUUGCAAAAGUCCGGCUCCUCGAUUCCUUGGAUAGCGCACUCUCAUGGGGACAAGCAGAGUAUCUGACUCUCUCUGUGAUCGUGUUUAAACUUUGGGCGAUCCACAGAAGAUUAGUUACUGAAGGAGAAAUUAAGGAAAAUGACGAAGGCUACUGUCAGCUUUCUGAACUUGUACCGCUACGGGAGAACCAGUCAGACAUCCGUAUCAGGUUUCCACCUUGGUUUGUAAUUCGUAAGACUGAGCACCGAGUCAAUAAGGAAAGUUGGCAAAGUUUUUAUCUAAACGCUCGUUCGCAGUCAACAAAUGAGGUGUUAUAUUGCAUGGCUUUUCUCAAUUGCAAUGGGGCGCAAUUCCCAGACACAUUUCUGACCACCAAGCCACCGAUUUUUGUUCAAGAAAAGUCAAGCCAAACCAGCAACAAGAAUGCUGUUGAAGGAAAAUCAGCAUUAAUGUUCCCAUCAUACCUUUUGAAAACUGAGCGCGAUAAGUGUCCUGACGAGAGAGAAUAUAUUUUCAUCAUUUCUACAGAUUACAAGGAGCGUGGUGAUGUUGGCCUGGGCCCUAAGAAUAACGAGGUUUUGAUAACUCGCGAGAAUAGAAAAGCGAUGUUUGGGGAGCUGCUGACACUUAGAAAACUGUAUUGUCUGGAAAGCUUGUGA